UUGUUGCGUUCAUAAAUACUGAACAUAACGAACCCAGGCUCCACAUCAGUGGGACAUCCCGCGUCGAGUUCUACCUUGAAAAGUUGUAUUGUCUGAACGGAUUUUUAUUCAGUUAUUGAACGUGCGGUGAAAUAAAGUGACUUGACUGACUGGAAUAUCAGCAUUAUGGGGCAUCUGCACCAAUUUAUUAUAUGUUUGAGCACAUUUAUUUCGUUGGCGAUAUGUGCACCACAACAGUCUUUGGUGAUAUCUUCACCACCACCACCCCUGGACAUCCCGGGAACAUCAGAGAGUCCUGUAAGUGAAGCACCAAAACCCAUUCCAAAAAUCUACGAAAUGAAUUUGGAAACGAAUGUCACAAAUCGUUUCGCCAAAACACUGAUAACAAGCAAAGUAAAGAACGCGGAAGAUGAGGCUGCGGAAGCCACAUUUUCGGUCAUCAUUCCCGAACAAGCCUUUAUAACGGGUUUGAUAAUGGAAAUCGAUGGUAAAAACUACACAGCUUAUGUUGAAGAAAAACAACAGGCGAAGAAGACGUACGACGAAGCCGUGUUGAGAGGACAAACCGCUGCGCACGUCAGUGCAAGUGCCAGAGACUCCAAUCGUUUUUCGGUUGAUGUUAAUUUAGAACCUCAGAGCAAGGCCGUAUUUUAUUUAACCUACGAAGAGCUUCUGCAAAGGAACAAGGAUCAAUAUGAAAUUGUUCUCAACAUCCAUCCCGGACAACCUGUCAAGAAUCUAAAUGCUAAGGUUUUAAUAAAUGAGACACGCCCCCUAUCUUUUGUCAGGUCACCUUCCCUCAGAUCUGGAAAUGAAAUAGGCAAAAAAAGUGACAAUUUAGACCCAGAAGCUGACAUUAAAAACAUUGAUGAAAAGACUGCAGUCGUUAAGUUUAGCCCAGAUGUUGUUAAACAAAAAGAAUAUGCCAAAGAGUUAGGAUCUAAAGAGGAUGACGGAUUUGCCGGUCAAUUCAUCGUUCAAUACGACGUUAAAAGAGAUAGCCAAGGAGGAGAAGUUUUGGUAGACGAUGGUUACUUUGUACAUUUCUUUGCCCCUAAGGAUAUUCCUGCAAUACCCAAAUAUGUAGUUUUCGUACUGGACACAAGUGGAAGUAUGUACGGAAUUAGAAUCCAGCAAUUGAAGGAAGCCAUGCAAAAGAUUUUAAAUGACUUGGAUGCCAAAGAUGUUUUCAAUAUCGUGGAGUUUAAUACCGGUGCUAAAAUUUGGAAUAUCGACGAAAUGAAAGUGUCUUAUAAAGAAGGUGACGAUUAUUAUUACUCACCAACGGUCCAGAAUGAAACGCUCGACGUUUGGCCUCCAUUCUAUAGUACUAAGUCGAUCAAAAAUGCCGAGAAAGUUCUUGAAAUGUUACAGGCAGAAGGUGCUACUAACAUUCAGGCUGCUUUGGAAGUAGCCCUAAAGUUAAUCCAAAAGAACAAAAAUGACAAGAAUCAACCGAUGAUAGUGUUUUUAACUGAUGGUGAAGUGACGCAGGGAGAAUCUGACGUCAACAAAAUUAUUGCCAAAAUUUCCGAACUGAACACUCAAGAGGCAGCAAUUUUCUCUUUAUCGUUCGGAGACGGUGCUGACAGAGAGUUUCUCCGGAAAGUUUCGUUGAGCAACUCCGGAUUCUCUAGACAUAUUUACGAAGGCGCAGAUGCUGCCCUACAACUUCAAGAAUUUUACAGGGAGAUUUCCUCUCCAUUACUUACCAAAGUUAAUUUCAAAUAUGUGUCUAACGUCACUGGAUUAACAAAGACGGAAUUUCCAAUUCUAUUCGACGGAAGUGAAUUGGUAGUAGCUGGACGUUAUGCUCCUAAUGAGAAGUUUGAACCAGCCGUGGUGGACUGCUUUGGUGUUAACGGACCAUUAAAAUUACCAACCUCCAUUGAGAAGCCAGUUACUAGUAUUGAAAGAUUAUGGGCUUACCUUACAGUGAAACAGAUAUUACAAAAAAGGGAAACGUCAGACAAUAAAACACAAUUGACAAAAGAAGCUUUGGAUAUUGCAUUGAAGUAUGCGUUUGUUACUGACGUCACUUCUUUGGUAGUUGUUAAGCCCAACGAUACGAGUACUGUGGAGGCGGAAGAUGCCUCCAAAACUGAAUUUAAUAGACGUCUUGCAUACGCUCCUUUAGCAGCUGGUAUUCAAACUUUCAACAGUCCAUUAUCCACCCCUUUGAUGUAUUACCCUGGUCGACCGGCAUACCAAAGUUUUGCAGAAGCAGAUACCGAUAGUGAUAGAAUAGAAUUCGAAUCUGGUGGUUACUUGGUAUAUCAGACUACUGUUUCACCAUCCCCUCUUAUUGCUACACACUAUGAUUGGUUAUUGAGUUGGAUAGAUCAGUAUGGAAUAUUCACUUAUAAAAAUGAGACUUAUAAUUUGGGAGUGGGUCAAACAAUGAACGGUACUCUAAUUAGCUGUGAAACUCCAACUAAAAUAAAUGGUACCUGCAAACUGUUGGAGAGUUGCAAUGAAUUAUCUUCGAUUGUGAAAAACCUUGAUAUAUUAUUGUCCUAUUCUUGCAAAAUCAACGAAUACACCGGUGUGUGUUGUCACGAUGUAAUGGCAAGUUCAUCUAGCCCUUCCACUCCCAUUAAUUAAUACUUAUUUAUUUAAUUCUGCAUUUUAUUUGUAGAAUAUUAAUAAAGUGUGUACUUUAAUAAAU